GUCACUUUUCGCCGCGGCGGUCCGCGCUCACGCCACCUUCCACCAUUACUUCCCAAAGCAAAACGGACUUUUUAGCGCUUGCUUCUCGGACCUUCCAGAGGAAGCGAACCGUCGCCGCCGUGGUUGGCAUCGUCAUGGUUCUGGCUCUCAUCAUCGCGAUCCCCCUCCUGGUCCAAACCUCCAAGACGGACGCGCACUACGAGAUGAUGGGCACGUGCCGGAUGAUCUGUGACCCCUACAACCCCAAACCGAGCGCCACGGCUCUGGAGGCCAUGCAGGACCUGAGCGCUGCGCCCUCGCCCACCUUCCUGCAAGGGACUAAAGGCGAACCGGGUCGGCCGGGGAAACCCGGGCCGAGGGGGCCGCCGGGCGAGCCGGGUCCGCCCGGACCGAGAGGUCCGCCGGGGGACCGAGGGAGCUCCGGUAGAACCGUGACCCCCGGUGUGGGGGGCACCGCGCGCACUGAGACCAGCGGAGAAGCGGGUCCUGCGCCCGGAGUGGCCAAAAUCGCCUUUUACGUGGGUCUGAAAAACCCUCACGAAGGAUACGAAGUGUUGCGUUUCGAUGAUGUGGUGACGAACCUGGGGAACCACUACGACCCGACAACCGGCAAGUUCACGUGCCAGGUGUCCGGGAUUUACUACUUCACCUACCAUGUGCUGAUGCGCGGAGGCGACGGGACCAGCAUGUGGGCAGACCUGUGCAAAAACGGACAGGUCCGAGCCAGCGCCAUCGCGCAGGAUGCAGACCAGAACUACGACUACGCCAGCAACAGUGUUGUCCUGCAUCUGGACUCCGGGGACGAGAUUUAUGUCAAACUGGACGGCGGCAAAGCGCACGGCGGGAACAACAACAAAUACAGCACCUUCUCUGGAUUCCUUCUGUACCCGGAUUAACGUGGGACACUCACUGAAUCACGGGACCA